AUGACAGAAGAAAGAAAAUCUUCCCCCAAAUCAAAAUGCUGCGGAAAAACAUGUCCUUUUGCAUCUGAAGAAGGAGUCCAAAAUUUUGUUGAAAUGCACGCGGAUGCAGUGAUUAACUUCCAGUCCAUGAUAUUUUUCCACAGACCCAUUCCAAUGGCGAUUCUUAUUAUCGCAAUUGACUUAUUGCUAUUCUACAUUGGAAAGGCCAAUCUAGGUUUCUUACCUGUUCUUACACUUCUUGUUACUUUUUAUCUUUCAGGCAAGAUUAUUAUCCAAAAGUAUGGCGAUCAAAUUAGAGCUCAACUAUUCCCACCAAUUGAUCUCACUAUACCAACCAAUGAACCAAAUCAUAUUUGUUCUAAAGAUGAAGUUGCUUCUUUUAUCUGGAAGAUUUCACAAAAGAUUCAAGAGUGCCGCAAUAAAAAGAUCGAAUACACACCAGCAAAUAUUGCUAUUUUGCUCGGAAUUUCCACUACCAUCUUUAUUAUUACUAAUGUCUUAACAACUCUUGGAGUUUUUGCCAUCGUUAUUCAUGUUCUCCUCCUCGGACCAGGCAUUAUUUUCAAUCCUGCUGUCUAUCCACACAUCGCUCAGCCACUUCACCUUAAAGCUGAUUAA